AGACAGUCGGAAAUUAUCCCACCCGCCACAGAAAGCCUCUCAUGGGCCGGGUAAUUUUAUUGUUGGAUUGUUCGCCGAAGGGAAGGGGUAAAGGAGGAGGGAAAAAUGCCAAACCAAAUUAGCAAUCAGGAACGACACGCGGGAAAGUCUCCCAGGACCAUGGCUCAUGCAUGGAAUCCGUCACCUUGAAAAUUACGCACCCAUAAGAAAGAGACCGACAUGAGAGAUGACCCAUUCAUUGUGCGAGAAUCAUGGACGAUUGCACAUCAUACUGUACUUUACACCAACCAAAAGUCACACCCGCACCCGACGCGAUCAUCGUUGAUAAUAGGCGGAGUAAUUUUAUCUUCUGGUUUUCGAUCACUAGGUACAACCAAACUGUGGGCCACUUCUACGAUUGAGAUUCUCAGUCAAAACCAGAAAAAAAAAACAAGCAGAAAUCCUGUGAUGGGUUUAGGUGUUGGCAGUUGCCCAUCCCUCUUUUUGCUUUGGAUCACAGAUCUACUAGCUUUGUACUACAGAGGUCAGCAAGGGUAUAUGCCUGUAGACCAGACAACCUUCUUUGCUUCGGUUCAGUAGCUCCCAGCCGUUGCAUGGGGUGAGUGGAAUCUGUCUCUGGAGAGCAUCUUAUGACUAGGUAGCUUACACGCCGCUAAGUUAGUGACUUCAUGCUGCAGCCCAAUAUGCGGGGAGGGU